AUGACGAGCCAGGACAGGGUGAAGAUGUUGGAGGUCCUGCUGCAGGUCGUUAUGGAUACCUGGGAACUUAGUCUUGAGAAGAUGAAGGGCAAGGUUGAGCAGGGUGGAGAUGAAGGGAGCGAGGCCCUGGACGCAGGUACUUACGCGCGAUCCAAGUCAGAGCCUCGCAGCGUCAUAGUCAACCCCAUCAACCAAAGCAUCCAGCUCCACGACGAGUUCGACAAAAGGGCUGAGACGGUGAAAGAGCGAGACAAGACGGUCCAUGAGCGCGACACCACUAUCGCGAAGCAAGACUCUGGGUUGAAGUUGUUGAAAGCGUUCCCAGAGCAGAAGAUCAAGGAGAAACUGGAGGAGCGGGAUGUGGGCUGCCAAGAGACGGCGAAGGCGCGGAAAGCUGAGAAGGCGAACAACGAGGCGCUGAAGGAGAUGAACAAGGCGCGAGAAGAUAGCAUCGAGGCGCUGAAGAAGAGUAACAGGAGUCAGGCAGAGAUCAUCGAAUCACAGAAGAGCGCCAUUGAGACGCGGGAGGUCAAGGCGCAGGAGGAAAGCAUCCAUGCGCGGGAGGAGAUUGAGGUGCUGAAGAAGCAGCUGCAGGAGGAAAGCAUCCAUGCGCGGGAGGAGAUUGAGGUGCUGAAGAAGCAGCUGCAGGAGGCAAACAUAGGUGAGCAGAAGAUGAAGAAGCUGCAGGAGGCGCUCAAGGAGUUCAUGGUGGUGGGCGAGGAAAGCUAG